AUGGAACUCAAUUGGACCGGUCUUACAUUUGAUCCUAUUACUGGUUGUCCUGUAGUUGAACAAGAUGAUAGGUGGAAUAUAUUUGUAAAGAAGUUACGGGCACUUUUUUCAGGGUCUUUUGCUACUAGCAAAUGGAGUUUUUCUCCCGAAUUAGGUGGGGAACAAAUUGGUAAAGAAAAUGAGGAAAGGUCCGGGGACAGUGAUGAAAAUAUAGGAGAUAUGGAAAUAAGUAGGGGAAUAAAUAAUUCGGAUGAUGAACAGAGCAUUUCACCUCCUAAAAGUACCUCGUUGGGGAAACGUAAGAGUGAUGGGUGUACUAGUAAACUUAAAAAAAACAAGAGUAGUAACAUUGACUCUUGUAUAGAGUUGUUGAAAAUGUCUAUUGAAACUAAUUGUAAGCAAGGGAGUGGUAAUAAGUAUAAAGAUGUCUCAUAUGCUCUAUACAAUAUUGAGGCUAUUGUUCAACAAGGAGAAGGAUUUAUUUAUCAAUGUAUGAAUUUUCUUCAUCAUGGCGAUAAUGCAGAUUUCUUCUUAGGUCUCCGAAGUGAUGAUCAGAAGAUCAUGUAUUUGAAGACAGCAUUUCAAGAUCCAACAUUGGGUGGUCCUUAAUUAGGUUUUUUGGGGUGAUGAGUAUUUGAAGUUAACUUUGUCUUAUGUUUUCCUAUGACUUGUUUUGCACUUUCAUAUGUUCUUUGUUAGUUAUUUGAUGUUGUUCUAGUUUUAAUUACGGUUCCACAUAUGAAGCUACUAUUUUUUCUGACCUUUAGGUUUAAGUAGCUUCAUAUGAUGCUAUUGCUUUUCAGGUGAUCUAAUUAAGAAGCUUUAGCCUUUAUUUUAAAAGUCAUUGUUGAUUUUAUUUUACAAAUUGAAUAAUGUUGGUAUUUUGUUGGUUUAUGUUGUAGAAUGGAUAACACACUUCCAAUGUGCUUGACAAUUAUCGCAUUGGAAGAGCUAAAGAGACUUCUUACACCAAUUGAGAGAUUGCCUUUAAGGUUAGGUGGAGAAUCUGGUAGCGAAUACAUAAACAGACUACUACAUGCCCAUCCUGAUUUAUGCAAAGAACAAUUGAGAUUAGAUAGAAGCAUAUUUGUGGAUCUUGUUACUUGCAUGAAAAAUAAAAAUUUAUUAUCGGAUGGUCGUUACAUAUUUGUGGCUGAGCAAUUAGGAAUAUUUUUAUAUAUCAUGGCUAAAGGCAGUUCUUAUCGUGAUGCUGCCGGUCGAUUUCAGCACUCUAUUGCAACAAUUGGGUUGUACUUUAAACAAGUACUGGAAGCAAUGGUUCAUUUGUCUACCGAGAUCAUAAGACCAUACCAAAGUUUGACCGUGGUGCCAAAAAAAAUAGGUGACAGCACAAAAUAUUGGCCAUAUUUCAAGGAUUGUGUUGGAGCAUUGGAUGGGACUCAUAUAAAUGCAGUUGUAAGCGAUGAUGAUGGUGUGGCACAUCGAGGGCGUAAAGGAAAAAAAAACAUGGAAUGUUUUGGCUGCAUGUUCCUUUGAUAGGCUUUUCACGUUUAUCAACGUUGGAUUUGAAGGUAGUGCUCAUGAUAUUACUGUAUGGAACCAUUGCUUAACUGU